AUGCCAUGUUGCGGCGCCUCGCCGGACGAAUCUGCAUUGGCAGACUACGCGAAGCGCUUGCGCAACCAGGGGGACGGAGGCAGUCCAGACUUCACGGCGUCGCCUUUGCUAUUCCCAAUGUACACCGUGCCUGUGGAAGCCUUAUUGCAGAUGACAGAGAAUGAGCCCCAUGAAGUUCUGAAGGCCAAAGGUGUGGCUGUGAAGUUCAAGGAGGGCAUGGGCAAUGCCGUGUUUGUAUCGCACCAGUGGGUGGGGGACAACCAUCCAGAUCCUGAGUUCAAGCAACUGCGAGUCUUGCAAGAUGCGCUGAGACACCUUUUGUGCGAGAUGGGGCACGUGCCCAUGGAUAUGUUCACAGAGCUUUUGGUACCCAGGUCGAAACGCUUGCGCUUGAAGGAGCUGCGAUCCGCACCACUCUUUAUCUGGUUCGACUACUUUUCGUGCCCGCAGCUCUUGGGGCAAGGUCCUGCGCAAGGUUCGGACAGCGACCUUUCCAAGGCCAUCAACAGCAUCCCAGCCUACGUUGCAAAGUGUCGCUUCUUCUUCGCCCUCUGUCCUGUGGUCCCACAAGUAAGCCUUGGCAGCGUGUUCACGCCAAUGACAUGGGGAGCCCGUGGAUGGUGCAGGGUCGAAAGAGUUUGCCGCGAGCUGUCGAAAGAUCACACCUGGGUCAUGAUCAAGAGUGGCAAGGAGAUGGAGUUGAUCUCAUCCUCCGUCGCCUUCCCAGGGGGGUCUGCAGGCGAGGGCCUCUUUACUGUCGCAGAGGAUCGCAACAAGCUUGCUCCAGUCCUCGAGGGAGUGCUCAUGCGAAAGAUGAUGUUCUUGCUCGCUAAGCAGGAUCUGGUGGCCUUCCGGAUACUGUACAACAUGCAAAGUGUCCACUUGCGAGGCUUCCCUACGGCAACGAUCGUGCGCGACUUGGUGCCCGGCUUCGACUCUGAUGAUCCCCUACAAAACGGUUCUCCAAGCCAAGAGGUAGAUCGUUUCCUGUAUCAGAAUGGAUUACCCAACGUUCACGCUUUCGACAAGGCCGGGUGGGCACCGUUGCACUAUGCAGCUUUAGGUGGGAACCCGGACUUGCUAAGAGCUUUGUUGGAGCAGCGGGUCGACGUGAACUGCUGGACCACGAAAGAGCAGCCUCUCGUUGGGGCGCACUCCGGCCUGACGCCACUUCAGAUCUGCAGCUUCCUCAAGCAUCACGAGGCUAUGCGCCUCUUGAUUUCUGCUGGGGCCAACCUCACCUGUGGCAUCCUUGCAGAACACGCCGUCACGGCAGCCGCUAUUGCAAACGAUCCUGAAGGCGUUCGCAUCCUAUGUAAGGCGCGGUGUGAUCCCACGAGACCCAACAGGCUGAACAUGCACGCCAUUGAUGCUGCGGCAGCUAUUGGUGCCAGCGUCGCCCUAGAGGAGCUCUUGAUGCAAGCAAGGCACGAUCUCCACAAGGUGGAUUUGUCCAACUCCCUCCAUUGGGCCAUGAGUUUUCGGGGUGGCAGCGCAGAGAUUGUCCACCGGCUUCUCGACGUCAAGGCAAACAUGGACUACCUGAAUGUGACACAAGACAUCCUGGUUCUCAAGCUUAUCGUGGCAGCGAAGAGCUUUCAGCAUAGAUUUGGAAGGGCCACCAUGAUGACGCGGUGGAUCUACCACCUCCAGUACCAGACGCCUCUCAUGGCAGCUGUGAUGUCGGGACAAUAUGAGGGCGCAGCAGCCUUGGUGGCAUGUGGGGCGCGCCUGGAUGUGCGGAACGCACGCGGGUGGACGGCUUCAGAUUUUGCGCGAGAGCAGUUAGUGCCAGACUUUCUGAAGAAGGCUUUUGAGGGACAGGCACGAGACUGCGAGACGGUCUACACAUUGGCCAUCGCGAAUUCCCAUGUUGAGCUGUAG